AUUUAUGCUAACAUUCUAUUUUUAAAAAUAAAUAAAUUUUUUUAAGAUAUAUAUAUAUAUAUAUAUAUAUAUAUAUAUAUAUAUACAUAUAUAUACAUUAUUAUAAUUGUGUAAUUUAAUGUAUCGGUUACACGCGCUCUAAAUACCAGAAUAUUUAUUUCAUCCGAUCUUUUUGCAUCAGAAAUGAAUAAUAGACAUUCCAGUUGAAUUAUUCAUACUUGAUUAAUCGUACAAAAGAAUUUUUUAUAUUUAUAUUAUGUUCAAUCGUAUUUUUAAUUUCUAAUCAAUAGUGUAAUCGUUUAUUUGUUAUUUUUCUUAUAUCAAACUGUUAAUAAGCUCAUUAAGAUGAAUAAGAUGUAUGAUCGUAUUUUUCUUAAUCGAAAUAUUCAAACUUCAAUAUGCUAAUGAUAUACCACGUUAUAAUAUUGAGCUUGCAUAACCCGCCAAAAGAAAGCAAAACACUCGCGCCCUCUGCCCCGAAAUCUUAUUCGGUUCAUGGAACGUGAUCGGGAAGUGGACACAUAUAAAACUGUGUCGUGUUUGGCGGCGAUGAUGUCGUUAUCUAUAACCAACAUAAAGCCGGUAGUAUCGUCGCAGCUGUCUAUUCGUAAACACGAUCGCGUGUGUGGUAAGACGAUAUACGAACAAAAGAGACCAGACCAGAACAGAAGAGACCAGUUGAGUUAUUCGACACUUUACGCAGGUGAAACGCGAUCGAAUAAAGUAGCGGGACCUAUGGAUCGAUCCGUAAAUCUGAAUCGUAUUUGACGUAGUCGAUAGUGAAAGGUGAACAUCUCGUUUCGAUCAGUCUCGAUUCUGGUUUGCGUGGCGCAACAAUUUUUCUUUUCUCUCGGUGUGAACAGGAAUCGUGUCCCGGCUUAUAGAGUUAGUCGUUAGUAUUGUCCGUGUAGCCGUGUGCGAGUGUGUAUGUGUCUGUACAGUGUAGAGCACGCGUGAUACUUGUCCCCUCGUCGCAGAACAACGACAUAACGAUGGAGCAUGAAAACGAUACGAGGGUGAGGUUAAGAAGAACGAAAAGCGAAACAAGGGCCGAGGAGAUACAAAAGGCAGAACAGAUGGUGCGCAAAUCUCAACCUGACAAACCAUGCCAUCGUCCUAGGGAUAGUCUGUUCUCCUGGAGUUCGGGCUUCGACAACUUCACGGGAUUCGUCAACUGGGGCUUCCUGUUGUUGGGCAUCGGUGGAAUCCGAUUGCUUCUCGAAAAUUUCAUAAAGUACGGGAUCAGAGUGGACCCGUGGCAAUGGUUUCUGUUUCUAAGCGGCACGUACGAAGGUGGCGAGGAGCAUCCCUCGAUUCUGCUCAUCAUAUAUUCCACGGUGCCCAUAGGCCUCUGCCUGCUGAUCGAGAAGGGUCUGUCGUUGGAUAUCAUAGCUCACGGCCCAGGAAUGAUGUUCCACAUCGUAAACCUCAUCGUGAUGGUACUGAUGCCGAUGGUGGUCAUCCACGUGAAGGAUUCCGGAUUCAGUCUGUUCGGUGCUAUGUACGUGUGCAUGCUGUACGCCGUCCUCUUCCUCAAGCUGUGGUCGUACGUGCAAGUGAACAUGUGGUGUCGGGUGAACAAUCGAAGAAAGACAACGAGCCAGGGGAGGAUGCGACGACAAUCUCUGUCCUACAAUAAUCUACAGUCUUCCACCGCGAAGCAAAACGGCGAGGAGGUCGACGACUCGAAGCACGAAGUAGACGUUGCUGGCACGGUCUUGGUGCAAUAUCCGGACAACUUGACUUUCCGUGAUCUUUACUACUUCAUCCUGGCGCCUACCCUCUGCUACGAACUGAAUUUCCCUAGAACACAAAGGAUUCGGAAAAGAUUUCUGAUUAAACGGAUCCUGGAGGUGGUGGUCGGCUGCCAAGUGGUCAUGUCGCUCUUCCAACAAUGGAUGGUCCCGUGUGUGAAGAAUUCCCUCGUACCGUUCAGCAACAUGGACGUGGCGAAGGCCUCCGAGCGUUUGCUGAAACUGGCCAUACCGAAUCAUCUGGUCUGGCUGUGCUUCUUCUACUUGACGUUCCACUCGCUUCUGAAUCUGGUCGGUGAACUGUUGCACUUCGCCGAUCGAAAUUUCUAUUGCGAUUGGUGGAACGCGCACAACAUCGACAUCUUCUGGAGGACGUGGAAUAUGCCCGUGCAUCGAUGGGCUGUGCGCCACUUGUACAUUCCCAUCAUAGAGAUGGGCUACAAGAAGAAUACCGCAUCUGUCACCGUGUUCUUCAUCAGCGCCUUUUUCCACGAGUACCUCGUCAGCGUGCCGCUCAAGACGUUCAAAACGUGGGCGUUCCUCGGAAUGAUGGGACAGAUACCAUUAUCAAUGAUAAGUAAGAAGGUGGAGAAGCACUGGGGCGCCAGAUGGGGCAAUAUCACGGUGUGGGCGAGUCUCAUUAUCGGACAACCACUUUGCAUAAUGAUGUAUUACCACGAUUACGUGAUAACUCACUUCGGCGAGAACUUGAUCGAGGAUUACUCCAUGGUGUAGGUAGAGGAAUCGAACUCGAGGCGAACGACCACGCACGGGGUCUGGAAGAAGAGAUUCCCCGGGCAAACUCGCCACUCUUCCAUCAAUUUUUUUCCUUCUCCUUUUCUCUUCUCUUCCGUCAUCUUUACUCGUGUAUACUAAUCUAUUUUUCAACCGACGUUUACGCGAAUUCUUCCACUUUUUUUUUUCUUCUUUCCUUAUUCUCAUUCCAACGACGGAUGAGAGUCGGUCACGUGUUCGUAUCGCGAGCAUAUUCCUUAAGUAUUACUCGUUGGCUUUAUCCAUUUUUCGGAUUUUUCUUCUUCCAGUAGGAAUUGUAUAUCGAAAGAAUCGAAUUUUCCUAUUUCAAGAUACAAAUUGCACGUUUAUUCAUCGGUGUGUGCGUACAUAGGAUAAUCAGGUAAUUUGUAAUUUGUAAAAUUUGCGUUAAAUUUAAUUUAUGACUCUAACUCUAGGGCUAAUUCUGGUAAAUGUACAGUACAGCGUGUACAAACGGGUUUGAACGUUCUCCCCUAAUUUAUUUUACUCCUGUUAAAUGGAAGGAAUUGUCGCGAAACGUACUGACAUAAAUAAGUUCGUGUAGAUUGAAUUAAAAUUGAAUAAAUCUAGUAACAUGAUACAUCGAUAGAGGAGAUCAUAUAUUUCUGACUCGUAAAUCCAGAAUAAGCUCUGCAUCAUAAAAUUUUACAAAUAAUUCGUAACUCUCUCUCUCUUUCUCUCUCUGCGAGAAGUUGCAGAUAUAAUUCCUACUGGAUCGUAUACGUGAACGUCAGUGUUCGAUAUUCGAUCGAAUUUCCUUGAACAAAAAAAAAAAAAGAAAAAAAAAAGAAGAUUUUUGCACGAGGCGAUUAACAAUCUCGAUGAAAAACUCAAUCGCUAGAUUGCGGAUAUUUAUGCAAUUAUUAAAUUCCAGAUAUGGAAAUGAAACGGAAAUAUGCUUCGCUUAAAAAAUAUGUAUUUUCGAUAUUUUGUACAUUUUUCACAACUUUUUUAACAAAUGCAUAAACUUUCGCAGUCUACAUCGUAUCGUACGAUAUAUCACUCGUUCUUUUCCCUCGUAUACGCGUGGGUGGUGGUGGUGGUGAUGUUUGUUGAUGAAUUGUCGCUAUUGUAAGCCGUUGAAAUAUUCACCCAUUCGGUCAUUUUUAUGCACGUUUUAGCCGAUAAGAAUUGUUAAUCACUUUGAUAUCGGCGUUUCACAUAGUCUUCUCACACGGCUCGAUCAUCCCCGUCCAUCCACGAAGAUCACCGAUCCUUUGUACGAACCGUCGAAACAAUGAGAUUGUCACGCAUCGAGGGGAGGAGGGGCACUCUAUCGUUAGCGCGUUAUAUAUAAGGUAUAUUUAAUGGAAAGAAAAAAUUUUUUAUGAUCACGAGCGCAAAAUCUUUAGCACCCCUCCUCCACUUUUACGAACAGCGCGUGCCUCGUAAGCGCGAAACGCAGGUAGAGAUAUUAUUAUGCGUGCGUCGAGACAAUAACUCACCAUAUUUUUUUUUUUUUUUCCCUAUCUGACGAUGCUUUAUAGCAGGGGGACCUCGAGCGCAUCGAGGGAAUAUUAGCCGUAAUAAAUUUAUCCAUGGCGCGGAGUGCAGUUGCAUUUACAGGGUAAAUAUUUCACCGGAAUCGUUGCGUAUCAGUGCGAAGAAACAGAUGCCGAGGAUUUAACGGGUACAACUUGGUGCCAGUUGUACACGAGAAGCAGACGAUUUUGUAAAAUUCGUCCAACGCUCGCGUGCCGUGCGAGCGUCAUUCGUUGUCGAAAUAAACGAAAUCUUUGUUACAA